UAUAUUUUAUAAUUUUAUUAACUAUAACAAAUCAAACUUCUUUGCGGGUCGUGUAAUAGUGCUGUUAGUGUUCAAGUUAAACGGAAGCAAAGUAAUCCGCGGCUGCAAUUAAGUAACUUUGUGGCAAGCGUCUGCGUGCGUCGUGGAACGGAGAAAGGUGACGAGGGACGCUGAAACAAAAAAAGGAGUGGUAGCGUGGAUUCAAAUUGAAGUCAAAAUUAAAGCCGGGUGGUGCCCUCAACACCGCAGAAAAAAAGGAGUAUAUAAAUAUAUUUUUUAAGUCGGCUCCUGGAGAGCCACGCAAUAUUUUGGCCGAUAUUAAGGCCAACAAGAGGAACUAUACGUAAAUGAGCGGUGAACGAUAAUAAACCAUUGAAUGCGCGGCAACACCUGAAGACGAUCCAGAACAGAAGGAAGGAAACCACAUGCCACGCUCAGUGAAAGCAGUCGACAGCAGCAACAACAAUAUGUAGGCGGCACACAACAGCAGCACCAGCAACACCACAACAACAUCAACAGAACCAAUUCAAGACAGAUUCAGCAACCACCAGAUUCUCCCAUCCACAACUAUAAGAACAAUCAAAAAAAUCUUUAAUAAAAUAUACACAGCAAGGAGGAGGAGCAACAACGAGGAGGAGGAUUUUAUACAUCGGCGUUCCGGACAAGCAUGCAGCACGUGAGCGCUGCGAGCUCGGUGCCAUCAGUUGUAGCCCCGGUCGUGACCACUGGUGGAACCACCAUCACCCUCGGCGGACCGCCGCCAUUGCCUAAAUCAGAGAACAAAGAGGAUGGCAAACCGCCGCACGGCAUAGAAAUGUACAAGGUGAACAUUGAGGAUAUCUCCCAGCUGUUUACAUACCACGAGGUCUUUGGAAAGAUCCAUGGCGAUGUGGUGAAUCAUCAGCUGGCGGCGGCGCAUGGCGGACAAUUGCCGCCACCACCACCCCUGCCACCGCAGACGCAUGCCGUGAGUGCAGCGGCAGCAGCGGCUGCAGCAUCCACUAAUAAUGCCGCUGUAGCGGCUGUAAUGGCCUCAGCGAAUGCUGCUGCAGCGGCAGCGGCGGCCGCAUCGGCGGCGGGAGGCAACGGCCUGCCGGUGGCGACAAGCUCCGGCGGCCAGCAGGGCAGCGCAACGGUGACCACGACCAGUUCGACGGCGAGCAGUGGCAGCGGCGGCAGCGGUAGCGGGGGCACCACAACCACGGCGGGUGAGUUGCUUAUGCCUAAAAUGGAGGGCGGCAUUCAUGGCGUGGACGGGCAGUCGACCGUGGCGCUGGCCCCAGACGGGACGCCCAUUGCGACGGGGACCCAUGUGUGCGACAUUUGUGGCAAGAUGUUCCAGUUUCGGUAUCAGCUGAUCGUGCACCGUCGCUACCACAGCGAACGCAAGCCGUUCAUGUGUCAGGUGUGCGGACAGGGUUUCACCACGUCGCAGGACCUGACACGCCAUGGCAAAAUCCACAUCGGUGGCCCCAUGUUCACCUGCAUCGUGUGCUUCAAUGUGUUUGCCAACAACACCAGUCUGGAGCGGCAUAUGAAACGUCAUUCCACGGACAAGCCAUUCGCCUGCACCAUUUGCCAAAAGACCUUUGCCCGCAAAGAGCAUCUGGACAAUCACUUUCGUUCGCAUACGGGCGAAACGCCCUUCCGUUGCCAGUACUGCGCCAAGACGUUUACGCGCAAGGAGCAUAUGGUUAACCAUGUGCGCAAACACACGGGUGAGACGCCACAUCGUUGCGAUAUUUGUAAGAAGUCCUUUACGCGCAAGGAACACUAUGUUAACCACUACAUGUGGCACACUGGUCAAACACCGCAUCAGUGUGAUGUAUGCGGCAAGAAAUACACGCGCAAGGAGCAUCUAGCAAAUCAUAUGCGAUCGCACACCAACGAGACGCCGUUCCGUUGCGAGAUCUGUGGCAAGAGCUUUAGCCGCAAGGAGCACUUCACCAAUCACAUACUCUGGCAUACAGCAGGCGAGACGCCGCAUCGGUGCGACUUCUGCUCCAAGACGUUUACGCGCAAGGAGCAUUUGUUAAAUCACGUGCGCCAGCAUACGGGAGAAUCGCCCCAUCGCUGCUCCUACUGCAUGAAGACGUUCACGCGCAAGGAGCAUCUGGUCAAUCACAUACGCCAGCACACGGGUGAGACACCGUUCAAGUGCACGUACUGCACGAAAGCGUUCACGCGCAAAGAUCACAUGGUUAAUCAUGUACGGCAACAUACAGGCGAAUCGCCGCACAAGUGCACAUACUGCACAAAGACGUUCACGCGCAAGGAGCACCUAACGAACCAUGUGCGCCAGCAUACGGGCGACUCACCGCACCGUUGCUCCUACUGCAAGAAGACCUUCACGCGCAAGGAGCACCUGACGAAUCAUGUGCGACUGCAUACGGGCGACUCGCCGCACAAGUGCGAGUACUGCCAGAAGACGUUCACGCGGAAGGAGCACCUGAACAACCAUAUGCGCCAGCAUUCUAGCGACAAUCCGCAUUGCUGCAACGUUUGCAACAAGCCGUUCACCCGCAAGGAGCAUCUGAUCAAUCACAUGUCGCGCUGUCACACCGGCGAUCGACCCUUCACCUGCGAGACAUGCGGCAAGUCGUUCCCCCUCAAGGGCAACCUGCUCUUCCAUCAGCGCAGCCACACCAAGGGCCAGGAGAUGGAGCGUCCGUUCUCCUGCGAGAAGUGCCCCAAGAACUUUAUCUGCAAAGGUCACUUGGUCUCGCACAUGCGCUCCCAUUCGGGCGAGAAACCGCACGCGUGCACUCUGUGCAGCAAGGCUUUCGUCGAGCGCGGCAAUUUGAAGCGCCACAUGAAGAUGAAUCACCCGGAUGCUAUGAUGCCGCCACCACCCGUGCAUCCGCAUCCGCAAAUACCGGCUGGUGUGCUGACGCAAGUCAAGCAGGAAGUGAAACCGAUCAUAAUUCCCCACCACUCGGCCACCACCACGAUGCACACCAUCCAGCAGAUAACGGCCGGUGCUGCCGGCGGAGCGGGUGCGGUCCAACUGACGCCGGGUCUGGUGCCGUUGGUCACAUCGACGCUGAUUUCGCAUAACGCUGCCGCCCAGCAGCAAUCGCAAAAGCAGCAGGCCGCUCAACAGCAAGCUGCAGCGGCAGCGGCUGCCCAACAGCAGCAGGCAGCCCAGCAGCAGGCGGCAGCGGCGGCACACCAGCAGCAUCAGCAACAGGUGGCGGCACAGCAUCAGCAGCAGGCGGUGGCCGCCCAUCAGCAACAGCAGCAGCAGCUGCAACAGCAGCAGCAAUUGCUGCAGCUAUCAAUUCAGCAGGCUGCCCAUCACCAUCAGCAGCAGGAGCAGCAUCGUCAGCAGCAUCAACAGCAGCAGCAGCAACACCAUCAGCAGCAGCAGCAGGGACACCCGCAGGCGCCCCCACCGCCGCAACAGCAGCAACAGCCACCGCCACAGGUGCCCAUCGCAUUGAUCAGCGAUCCCAGUGCCCUGGCACGUGCUGCCAUGCAGCUGCAGCAUUUGCCGGCCAAUGUCGAACAGCAUCCGGUGGUUUACUAACAGUAGCCCCCCCUCCUGCACGGCUAUGCACCCACCACAGCCCACAGUAGUACCCACAGUACCAGCAGCAGCAGCACCACCACCUCCACACUAACCACAACGUCGACGGCGGCGUGGUGAGAGCGCUGAAGCAAGCAAACACGACCCCCCACAUCUCCCCCAUAUAAGCAGCUAGUUAUACAAUAGUUUUUAAUAGCGCGCUGGUUACGCGUACGCGAGGAUAACAGAGCAACAGGUUGCUGUACUCUGUAUUCCCGCAGGCAGUCUUCCAUCUCACUUCCGUCUCUAACUUUACCUCCCGAAAAUCCCAUUUUAAAUACGUCCGUCCGUCCUCAGCUCCGUCUGCAUCCGCCGCCAGCUUUAACGUGCAAUACGAAUCAUCUCAUAGUUUGUUCUCGCCACUCGGUCUCUCUCUCUCACUGUGUAUCUUUAAUGCUUUUGGGCGCUUAGCGUCCAUUUAAUUCCACGUGUUUUCAACAUUUCUGAAAUGUGUGCAAGGCGGCGGAAUUGCUGGAUAUGGGGAUCAGGAUGGAUGGUGGUAUUUGGUAUUGGGAGAGGGAUUUCUUUCCAUUUAGCUGUGCUAAAUCUAACGAUCGAACUUCACUUCUUUUUCCACAAUUUGUGAAACCCUUUUCACCUGGAGAUUGUGUGUGUGUAACCAGCGAGCAGCAGCAGGAGCGAGCGCGCGCGCGCCUCAUCGUGUAUUUUAUAUUGUGUUUCGACUAAGUUAUGAUUAUAUUCAUAUAUAGAGAGCGACAUUCAUAGAAGCAUCCUCAUCAAACGUAACCCCCAUAUGGCAGAUACACACACAUACUAUACAUAGAAUUAUCAUAUGUAUAAAUUAUAGUUUGUAAAUAACACCACGACACGCAACAGAAAGAAAGAGUCCUUGGAAAUCUAUCGAAAAAUCUACAAUCACACAUGUAUUAGUUUUGCAUUUUCCAAGGCGAACAGACAGAAUCAUAUUAUGGAAACAUACAUACUUUCAUCGUAUAUAUACAUAUAUACACAUACACAUAUAUAUUAUUAACACACACACACACACACCCCGCAGUGGAUGUGCGGUGGGUGGCCCUAAAACCCAGUUUUUAAUAUCAUCUGCUGAUAAGCUUCUGCUGAUGAUUUGUAUGAUGAUGAUGACGCAUAUUGAGCGUACGAUAAUACACAUAUAUACAGAAAAUAUGAUGGAAGAAAAGUCUAGGUAUAAGUCAAAAGCAACAAAAACUAACGAGAGAAUGAGAAAAGAAUAAGGAAAUCAACAAAUUAUUAUAUUUAAUGUUAGUUGAACUACUAAAAGUAAUAAUUGAACGAGGAGGCGGUAGGAUGAAUAAAUGAUAAGAUUGAUUACGAUGACAGCGCGGAUGAUCGGAGGAUCGAAGGAUCUGGAGAUCGGAAUAGAUUUUAGUUGGGCGUGUGCCGCCCGCUAUCAUUAUGAUUAAAAUUACGAUUACAAUUACGA